UUCUAAAUCUGUCUACUGUCCAAACACAGAGCCUCAUGCAUCCUAAGUAAGUAUUCUACCAUUGGGCUCCCUCUUCAGGAUUAUGAACAAAAACAAAAGUGAAACUACUUCCUCAUUCUGAUUCUGCACCACAUCUUUAGAGGCUGCGCAUUGAAGGCAGAGAACCUUGCAGCUGAACAACCCAGAUUUUUUUGUUUCUGAACAGGACCCUGAGAAUUGUAUCUGAAGAAAAAUAAGAAAACACAGCUUAAAGUCAUUGCUUUCAAGCUUCUGGAAGAAUACAGUUUUCAGGAAACUGGGAUCAACUUUGAAGCUUGGACAUGGAUAGGCAUGUAACUCAACCUAAAUUGAUCAAAGACUGGACCAAAGAACACGUAAGAAAAUGGAUUACUGAAGACCUUAAAAUUGAUGAGAAAUAUGCCCAAAUCGUGUUUGAUGAAGAGGUAACAGGGAUGGUCCUGCAGGAACUAACUGAAAAGGAUCUUAGAGAAAUGGGCUUGCCACGGGGUCCAGCACUUCUGAUAAAACGUAUGUAUAACAAACUAAUUAGUUCCCCUGAAGGUCACAAUCAAGAUUCCAGACAAUUAAAUAAUAAAAUACUCUCUAUAAAUGAACAACCAAAAAAGAGUAACAGUGAAGAAGAAAACUCAAUUUCAUUGAACAGUGACCUUGGUCUUAGAGAGACAGGGCAGAAUGAGGAACAAGAACCAAGUCUUAUGAAAAUAAACACAUUAGGUGAUGUAGAGACUAAAGACAUGAAAGGUAAUAAGCCCAAAUCAGAACAGAUGUCUUGCAUGCCACACCCUUUUAAUUUUGCCCAUGAUGCCAAACGAUACAUAGAACAUUCUAUUUUGCGAGUGGCUGAGACAGGGCCACUCAAUCUCAUUGACCCAGUUCAUGAAUUCAAAGCCUUCACAAACACAGAGACAGCCACACAAGAGCAAAUGAAGAUGAAAUUCAGCAAUGAGACGUUCCGAUUUGCAGCAGCUUGCAUGAAUACACGUACCAAUGGUACUAUCCAUUUUGGAGUAAAGGACAAACCACAUGGGGAAAUUGUUGGUGUGCAAGUCACCAGUAAAGACAUCUUUAUUAACCACUUCAAUGUAAUGAUCACAAAGUAUUUUGAAGACAGUGAUAUCUAUGAAGCCAGGGCGUGUAUCCGGGAACCAAGGUUUGUGGAAGUCCUUCUGCUGAACAAUACACAAUCUAAUAGAUUUGUCAUCGAGGUGGAUGUUAUUCCCAAACAUUCUAUAUGUCAAGAAAAGUAUUUCUACGUCAUGUUGCAAACUUGCACAGGUACAACAUGGAAACAAAGCAAAGAUACUUCAUUGUUUGUGAGAGAAGGAGCUAGCUCUCGGGAUAUCCUGGGCAACCCCAAACAACGGGAUAGAGAGUUCAAAAAAUUUCUUGAGAAUUUAAAGAUGUCGAUAGCAUCUAGAAAAGCAGCUGAAGAAUGUAUGGUGGUAUCUAAGAAAGACAGUGAAGGACUAAAACUGUCUAAACUUUUGACCAGACACCAAGGCUCACUUGAUAAAUCUUACUAUGAUUGGUACAUUCUUGUAACAAAUUCCUGUGUACCAACGCAAAUGGAGCACUUAGAUUUUAUAAAGGAAAUUAAACUGUUUGCUGUGCGAUUUGAUCCUUACUCUCACAUCCAGGGAGUGUUCAAAGCUUACAGAGAAGGCAGGGUAGCAAACCUUCACCUACCCAGUCAUUAUGAGGAAAAAACUACCAUAGAAGAGAAAAUUUCUACUCUGAAACUCUAUGAGCAGCCCAGUUGGAUCUUCUGCAAUGGCAGAGUAGAUUUGUCAUGUCAACCUCUAGAGCCACAUUUAUGGCAGAGAGAUAGAGCUUCUGGCGUUAGAAAGGUCAUUUCAUUCCUCACAGAUGGAAAUAUAAUAGCAAGGGGGAAGGUUUUGGUGGUGUUUCUAUUACUUUCUCCAGUAGAAAAUCAAAAGGAUCCACUCCUUGAGACUUUCUGUGCUUUCUAUCAAGUUUUUAAUGGAAUGGAUAAUAUGUUAUGCAUCUGUGUAAACCCAAGUAUCUACCAACAAUGGAGUGAUCUCCUACAAGUAAGACUGGAAAUGAAAGAUGAUUUAGCAAAACAUAGCAUUUCCACUUUAAACAUAGAACUGGUCAACAGCACCAUACUCAAACUGAAAUCAGUGAUUCAGUCUUCAAGGAGAUUUUUGCCCUCCUGUGGUUCCUCCUCAGUUAUUCUGGAGAAAAUGGAUGAAGACAUCAUGAGUGCAUUGGAAAUCCUCUGUGAAAAUGAGUGUAGAGACACAGACAUAGAGAAAGAUGAAUCUCAAUUCCUAGAAUUUAAGAAAUUGAGAGAAGAACACUUUUAUCGAGGAGGCAGAGUAUCCUGGUGGAACUUUUAUUUUUCUUCUGAAAACUAUUCUUCAGCUUUUGUAAAAAGAGAUAAUUUUGAAGAGCUGACAACUUUAAUACAGCAGUGUGCAGACUCUCCUAAACCAGUAUUUGCCAAAGUUAUCAACUUGUACCAUCACCCAGGCUGUGGAGGUACAACGUUGGCUAUGCAUGUUCUCUGGGACUUAAGGCAGAAGUUCCGGUGUGCUGUCUUGAAAAACAAAGCAACCGAUUUUAGAGAGAUUGGAGAGCAAGUAAGCAAGCUUAUCAGCUACAAGGCUUCCAGCCGCCAGGAUUACAUUUCCGUUCUUCUCCUUGUGGAUGAUUUCGAAGAACAACAGAAAACCUAUAUUCUACAGAAUGCCAUCAAUUCCUUUAUAGCAGAAAAGGGUGUGAGAUAUGAAAAAACUUUAGUAAUCAUCCUAAACUGUAUGAGAUCUCAGAAUCCAGAUGAAAGUGCAAAAUUAGCUGAUAGCAUUUCACUAAAAUACCAACUCUCUCCAAAAGAAAAAAGAGCCUUUGAGGCCAAACUGCAGGAAAUAGAAAAGGAGUAUAAGGACUGUGAAAACUUUUAUUCCUUCAUGAUCUUGAAAGACAAUUUUGAUACAACUUAUAUAAAGAAUGUAGUGAAGAAUACACUGAAGGACCUAGAUGCUCACAGCAGAAAAGCCCAGCUCAUUUCUUAUCUGGCAUUACUGAACACUUACCUUAUAGACUCUAACAUUUCAGUAUCACAGUGUGAAAUAUUUUUGGGAAUCACUUUCACAAUUAAACGUGGGAAACCCAACACUAUAGAAGACAACAUGGGAACCUAUUCUACACUUCUAAUAAGGACUGAAGUUUCAGAUUAUGGGAGGUAUGCUGGUAUACGUAUCAUUCACCCUCUAAUUGCCAUCCACUGUUUAAAAGAAAUGGAAAUGAACUAUGGAAUGGAUAGGUGUCAGAUUGCACUGAAUAUGCUAGAAGAGAACAUAUUCUAUGAUUCUGGAAUAGGAAGAGAAAAAUUUAGGCACGAUGUGCAAACUCUCCUGCUUAAGAGACAACGCAAGGAGCAUGGAGCUGAAAUAGACACACUCUUUUCCCCAUUCAUUGAAGAAUUGCAGGAUGAGGAAGCUGAAAAGGUCUUGGCUGCAGGAAGUAACCGAUUCCCACAAAAUACAUUCUUUUGUCGAGCUUUAGCAAGACACUUCUAUCUUAAAGAGAAGAACUUUAGCAGUGCUCUGGUCUCGGCAAAUCAGGCCAAAAGGAAAGCACCUAAGAAUUCCUAUAUUUCAGGCACAGUUGGUCAAGUUUACAAAAGUGACAUCAGAUGCUGGUUAGGUAAAAAUAACACUUGUAGAAGUCUUAGUAUGGAUGAUCUAACACGCUUCUUAGAUGUUGGUGAGAAGGCUUUGAAAGCCUUCAAAGAGUCUCAGGAACAAACUGACAGUAAAGACUAUGAAACUGAGGUCUGGCCAUCACCGACGUUCCGAAGAAUAACAUAAAAUAUAGCUGGCUUCUUCGGGGAAAUAGAAAUGGGUCUUGACCCUAUCCAGUUUCUUUAGCUCACACCUCCUUUCCAUAAAGAAAAUGAAAUGUCAAAAGAAUCUAUUGCCUAGAACAAAUGAAACUCAAGACGGAUGAUCAAAAUGUGAAUGCUUCACUCCUUCUUUAAAAGGGGAACAAGAAUACCCUUGGCAGGGAAGAGAAAGGCAAAGAUUAAAACAGAGACUGAAGGAACACCCAUUCAGAGCCUUCCCUACAUGUGGCCCAUACAUGUACAGCCACCCAAUUAGA